CAGUCUCCAUGUGAACGAGUCCCAUGAUGCAACAUGUGUCCCCAGCACCAGCACUGACGAUGAUGGCCACACAAAGUGUUCCUCCACCUACGUACCAGGAGAGCCAACAGAUGACGGGAACAACCCAGCAGAACUCCAAGGCCCAGCAGGUCCACAUCCCGGCCUCGGCGGCCGCCGCCACCCCCGCCGUGAGCGUGACCCUCGACCCCCAGGCGCAGCUGGAGUCGGAUAAACGAGCUGUUUACAGGCACCCCCUGUUCCCACUGCUGGCGUUGCUGUUUGAGAAAUGCGAGCAGGCCACACAGGGCUCCGAGUGCAUCACCUCGGCCAGCUUCGACGUGGACAUCGAGAACUUCGUGCACCAGCAGGAGCAGGACCACAAGCCCUUCUUCAGCGAGGACCCCGAGCUGGACAACCUGAUGGUGAAAGCCAUCCAGGUGCUGCGCAUCCACCUGCUGGAGCUGGAGAAGGUGAACGAGCUGUGCAAGGACUUCUGCAACCGCUACAUCACCUGCCUAAAGACCAAGAUGCACAGCGACAACCUGCUGAGGAACGACCUGGGCGGCCCUUACUCCCCAACACACACCAGUCUGCAGCAGGAGUUGCUGCAGACCUCGUCCCCGUCGCUGACGUCCGUCUCCAGCUCGGUCAACUCCUCAGGCAUCGUGGUGCCAGCUGGCUCUCUUCAGCAGGGCAACGUCACCAUGACCACCCUCAACUCCUCCGUAGUGUCAGGUGGGACCCUGUAUCAGCCUGUUGCCAUGGUGACGUCGCAGGGACAGGUGUUAACCCAGGCGUUGCCCCAGGGAACCAUCCAGAUUCAGAACGCGCAGGUAAAUCUGGACCUGUCCUCCCUCUUGGACGGCGAUGACAAGAAAUCGAAAAACAAGAGGGGGGUCUUACCCAAGCAUGCCACCAACAUCAUGCGCUCUUGGCUAUUCCAGCACCUCAUGCAUCCAUACCCGACAGAGGACGAGAAAAGACAGAUCGCGGGCCAAACAAAUCUCACCUUAUUACAAGUUAACAACUGGUUCAUCAAUGCUCGCCGGCGCAUCCUGCAGCCCAUGCUGGACGCUAGCAACCCGGACCCGGCGCCCAAGACCAAGAAGAUGAAGUCCCAGCACCGCCCGACCCAGCGCUUCUGGCCCGACUCCAUCGUGGCGGGGGUUCUGCAGACGCACGGACCGCUCGGAGCCAACCGCUCAGACAACUCCAUGGUGAUGGACGGUCUGCAGCCCCUCUCCUCGGACUCGGCCACUUUGGCCAUGCAGCAGGCCAUGCUGGCGGGGACGGACGAGUCGAUGGACGGGACCGAGGAGGAGGACGAGGAGGACGAGGAGGAGGAAGGCAUGGAGGACGAAGAGGAGGAGGAGGAAGAGGAGGAAGAGGAGGAGCGAGACGAGGGGAGGCACAUGGGCGAAAGCCCAGCCAUGUCCAUCGCCAACACGGCCGCCCAGGCCAUGCUGUCGGACGCCCUGGUGCAGGGGGUGACCGGCGGGGACGCGCGCCUGCGGCACCUGGAGCUGGAGCUGCCGCUCGACCGCUUCAUCAAGUUCGUGUCCGUGGGGCUGCCGCUGCUGCUGGUGUCCAUGGCCUUCGCCAGGGAGAUCUCCCUCGGUCCUCAGAUAAGCUGCUUCCCGCCCAACAACUUCACGGCCAAGCAGGCGGCGUACGUGGACACCUACUGCUGGGACUCCCUCAUGCAUCACGAGUUCGACACAGAUGGCAACUUCGAGGAGCGUUCUCUGUGGGUGCAUAAAAUGUUCCCCUACUCCCUGCUCAUUAUGGCCAUGAUGAUGUACCUGCCGGCCCUCAUCUGGAAGUUCCUGGCCGUGCCGAGCCUCGGCUCCGACCUGCUCUUCAUCAUCGACGAGCUGGACAAGUCGUACAACCGCUCCAUCCUCAUCGCCCAGAGCAUCGUGGACCUGCGCGAGAAAGCCAGCGAUCCUCUGGAGUUCAAGGCCGAGCUCGAGAGGGCUAAGCAGAAGCGCUACUUCGAGUAUCCGCUGCUGGAGCGCUACAUGCAGUGCAAGCACGGCUCCUACUUCCUGGUCAGCAUGCUGUUCCUGCGCGGCUUCCUGCUGCUGACCUUCAUGUCGGCCGCCUGCCUCUACCUGGUCUACUUCCACCUGUCGGCCUUCGUGCAGGACGAGUUCAGCUGCUUCGUGCGCACGGGGCUGCUGCGGGACCAGCCCUGGGUGCCCGAGCUGGUGCAGUGCAAGAUCACGGGCCUGCUGGUCUUCCAGGUGAUCAGCGUGACCAACGGCGCCCUCUACCUGCUGCUGGCGCCCAUCGUGCUCUUCAGCCUCUUCCGGCUCUUCUGCUGGGACACGGGCUUCCUGUCGCUGUACGAGGUGCUGCCCGCCCUCAGCCUGAUCACCGGGCGCAAGCUGGGCUGCCCGCUCAACGACCUCAACGUGCUGCUGCUGUUCCUGCGCGCCAACGUGGCGCACCUGCGUUCCUACGGGCGCCUGAGGGCCAUCUGCUCGCUGGCGCCCCCGCAGGUGAGGCCGUCCGGCGGCAGGCCCAUGCUGAGCGAGGAGGAGGUGGAGCAGCUGACCGAGGCCGCCGAGGAGCUGGAGGAGGCCGACCGCGAGGCCCAGGAGGAGGGCAAGCACAACCUCGUGGACAUCAUGACCAUCCUGGGCCGCGCACGGGGUAACGUGAUCAAUAACCCAGAGCAGUGCCCUGUAGUGGAGGAAAACAUGACCCUGGACUCACAUCAUAACCACCAGGGCUACCAUGAGUUGAAGGAGACUAGAUAUGCCUAGAGCGCCGGCCAAUGGACUGAGCCAACUGUGCGAGACUUCAGAGGCCCGCAGUGGCUGGCUCGGCGGAGUCUCAGAGAGUAGAUUACCCAGAGAGCGGGCGGACUCUGGGACAGACCCAGCCCGGAUAUGGGCCAC